UCGGCGGACUUCCGCCCCUUCGCUUUCUCCGGGGGCGCUUUGCGACCGCGCCGGGCGGCUGGGGAGCGCUUUGCGGCAGCCGGCGGGGAGAGCGAGGGCGUCGCGUGCGGAGGACUGAGGCGGGAGCCGGCAUCUUAGGGGCCGCCCGGAGGAGCCUCACGCGGCCCGGCGGGGAAGCCCCAGCGUCCCCCCCCCUCCCGCCGCCUAUGGUGCCCCCCACCGCGCCGUGAGGUGAGGCGAGGCGGGCGGAGCUGGGGGCCGGCCCCCGCGGCGGAGCAGGGCGCCCCAGGAUGAAGCUGACCACUCAGGCCUACUGCAAGAUGGUGCUGCACGGAGCCAAGUACCCGCACUGCGCCGUCAACGGGCUGCUGGUGGCCGAAAAGCAGCCGCCCCCGCCCCGCAAGGACCAGCAGCCCCACGGGCACCCGCAGCCCCACACCCUGUUCGUGGACUGCAUCCCCCUCUUCCACGGCACCCUGGCCCUGGCCCCCAUGCUGGAGGUGGCGCUGACGCUGAUUGAUUCUUGGUGCAAAGAGAAUAGUUACGUGAUAGCUGGAUAUUAUCAGGCUAACGAGCGUGUGAAAGAUGCCAGCUCUUAUUUCCUACUGGUUUCAGCUGAAAUAUAUAGUACAAUUAACUUGACCUUCUUCUGUAGUCCAAACCAGGUCGCUGAAAAGGUAGCCUCCAGGAUUGCAGAGGGCUUUAGUGACCCAGCACUCAUAAUGGUGGAUAACACUAAAUUUACGAUGGAGUGCACAGAACCUGCCAUUCAUGUGUAUGAGCAUCAUGAAAACAAAUGGAGAUGCAAAGACCCACAUUUUGAUUAUUGUGAAGACUGGUCUGAAGCCCAGAGGAUCACCGUAUCUCUCUUGGACAGCAAAUCCUACGAAACCCUUGUGGAUUUCGAUAAUCACCUAGAUGACAUCCGGAAUGACUGGACAAACCCAGAGAUCAACAAAGCUGUCCUACACCUAUGUUAGGGAGGCUUCCACUGACUGAUUUAUGGGCAUUUCCACUAUGCUGAAGAUACUUUAAAAAAAUAUUUUUGAAUGUAAAUAGAGUUAUCUUCAGUACAUUCUGGGGAACGCCAACAGCAGAUUUAAAAAGAACGGCAUGUCACUUGGAAAAGGUAACGUGCCCAUAAGCAGUCAAAUCUUUUUAAUGAGAAUCCUUAGAAGAAAUACAAACUGUCAGUUAUAGCCAUCCUUGUGGAUUCCUUCCCAGUUGUAGUGAUUGUUGCUAUAACCUUUAAAACCAGAACUACUUCUGCUUGUCCAAAUUGUUCAUAUUAAAAAGUUUUGACUAACCUUU